GUCACUGCGGCCCCCAUCGCUGGCCUUGCCCGGCCCCGGGGACGCCCCGCUGAAGCCCGCGCUCCUCAUUCCCGGACAGCUUCCGGGCAGCUUCCCGUCCAGGGCGCCUACUUCCCAGCAAGCGGGAGCUCCCCUCAGGAAACCUUCUCUGUGUGUCUCCUACUCCUGAGCUCCAAACCAGAACUCCAGCUACUGCCGCCCGGGACGCAGCCCCAGACUCGCGACUGCCCCUCUCCAGCACUCGCGGGCGCCCGCCCCGCUCGCCACUGCCCCCUGGAGGCCGCGGCUGGGAACGCCCGGCCCUGGGGUUCGAGGUUCGCCCCGCGCCCGCGGCGCCCCGCGGUCCCCGCCCCGAGCUGGCCCCCGCCCGCGACGCUUCCUCCCUCGUGUGCCCGGACACAUUCCGUGCAGCCUGCCCUCCCUCGGGACCAUGUCGCGGCUCAGCUGGGGAUACGGCGAGCACAACGGUCCUGUUCAUUGGAAUAAAUUUUUCCCUGUUGCUGAUGGUGAUCAGCAAUCUCCCAUUGAGAUUAAAACCAAAGAAGUGAAAUACGACUCUUCACUCCGACCACUUAGUAUCAAGUAUGACCCGAGCUCAGCUAAAAUCAUCAGCAAUAGUGGCCAUUCCUUCAGUGUUGACUUUGAUGACACAGAGGACAAAUCAGUUCUGCGUGGAGGUCCUCUCACUGGAAGCUACCGGUUACGACAGUUUCACCUUCACUGGGGGUCGGCUGAUGACCACGGUUCUGAGCACAUGGUCGAUGGAGUGAGGUACGCUGCAGAGCUCCAUGUUGUGCACUGGAAUUCAGACAAAUACCCCAGCUUUGUUGAGGCAGCUCACGAGCGGGAUGGACUGGCUGUCCUGGGGAUAUUUUUACAGACUGGUGAACACAAUCUCCAGCUGCAAAAGAUUACUGACAUCUUGGAUUCCAUUAAAGAAAAGGGGAAACAAACUCGAUUCACAAAUUUUGACCCAUUAUCUCUUCUUCCCCCAUCCUGGGAAUACUGGACAUAUCCUGGUUCUCUAACAGUUCCACCUCUUCUUGAGAGUGUCACGUGGAUUGUUUUAAAACACCCUAUAAAUAUCAGCUCUCAACAGCUGGCCAAAUUCCGCAGCCUUCUGUGUACAUCAGAAGGAGAAGAAGCAGCUUUUCUAUUGAGCAAUCAUCGCCCACCUCAACCUCUGAAGGGCCGCAAAGUGAGAGCCUCAUUUCAUUAACAGUUGUCACAGGGGACCACCCUGACAUGACUGGAAAGAUAGCAACAUGGCAAACACAAACUCCCUAGUAACAGUACUUCUCUGAAAUUUUAAUGUAUGGUACCAUUUUACUGUCAGCUUCUGUGCCAUGAAGAAAACUAGAUCUCAUUAAUUAAACUAAUUUAGCUCAUCUGUUCCAGAUUUGCACUUAUGAAUAGUCAAGUACCAAGUGUUGUCUUUUGUGUAUUAAAAUACAUGAAAAACAUCUGCUUCAGUCUUUGUGAAAAUAAAGCUGGCCUCACAGAUCUCAGAAUGUUCUAAAAAUUCUACCUUCCUGUAGGCUGAAUGUGUUAUAUUUUCACUGAUAUUCAAUGAAAUUUUUAAAAUUCAUUUCCAGAAUAUAGGAUUGUGAUUUUUCUAAACAGGCGAUUCUUAGUAUUUUGAUACUAUUCAUCAAAAGUAGGUAUUUCCUUUUAAAGUGAAUUUUUGCUGUUAUUAUGUUGCUGACUUUCAUUUUGUGAUUUCUUUUUAUGGUAUUGAGUCUUGAACCCAGGACCUUUGCACUGAGCUACAUCUUCAGCCCUUUCUAAGUUUUUAUUUGAGCUGGUUUCACUGUCUCUAAAUUGGUCAGGCUGAGCUUGAACGUGGAGUGUUUCUGUGUCUGACUCCCAGGGUGCUGGAAUUAUAGGUCUGUGCCACCAGACAGGCUUGUAAAGUGCAUAAUGUGAGAAUCCGGGUUGGCAUGGGAUAUAGCUACUCAUUGUGUCUAUUCACCAGAUCAAAGACAACCUGUUUCCUCAGGAUAUAAAUAACUAUUUGCACGUAAUGCACAUAAUAAAUUGUGCCUGAUAUCAUAUUCAUUCAGUAGUGUUGAUAAUGAAGUGGCUGGUAAUUGACAAGAUGCAAUGUUUUCCAAUUGGUGCUAUUAAUGUGUUUUGAAACUAAUAGGUUUAGACAGUACAAGUAUGAAGAGCUAUGCAUGAACAUGAUAACAAGAAAGGUUGCCUACUUUUCUCCUGUGUUUUGAUAACAGAGCAAGGAGCAAUGCUGUGUGGGUCAUUUUUCUGUCAAUGAGCGAAAAACAUAUAUAUAGUGAGUGUCAUAUAAAUAUACAUUGAUCCCUAAGUUCUUCAACUCAUUUGUAUGGCAAAGCACAUCUCCCUUUUUAUACAUGUCCCUCAGUGUUGUAAGUACUCAAGGUGGCACUUGAUAUAAAUUUUAACCUGUUAUUUGUUGGGAUUUUUUUGUUUGCUUUUGGAGGAGGACUGGGCAGUGUUCCUUUUGUCCUUUCUGUUAUGGGGUGACACAGAAUAUUACACUAACCUUUUAAGACCUGAACAUAUGCCAGACAUCUGUCAUCUUCCAAGGAAAGUUUACUUGGGCUUUUGUGAUUUUGAUUCUUUCUUCCUUUGAAUGUAGAUUUAAUAAUCAAAAUUAUUCCGUAACAUUCUAAUAUAAUUACUAAGUAUCAGUACACAUGUACAAUACUUACCAGCUUCUGAAGAUUGGAUCUGACACGUUGACUAAGAUUAACAUGCAGCAAAUGUUUAAUGAAUUGAGUAUUUAACGAGUGUUUUCUAUCUUUGGUAUUUAUCUCUCUGCUUGAGAUCAAAUGCACUAUAAAUUAACCUUACAAGUAAAAUGUGUUAUGUCGUGUAAUUUUUUUCUUAAUGGAAUGCUUAUUAAACCUAAUUUGUAUAACUAGAAGUUUUUAAUGAUUUUAAAACACAGUAUUGAAUGGGAAGACCUUUCUUUAGUUUAGAAAGAUGCUUUGUAAAGUAUCCUAGUAAGGAAAAGGAUUCUAUAGUCUAAGAGACUGUAACUUGCUGGAUUCAGAGGGUGUGGAAUGGGAUUUUGAAUACUACUCUCUAUGAGAUUUACCACAUUACAACUUGUGGCAUCUGCUGCAAUGUUCCAUCAAUUCUAUGGUAUAGAUUGUACCAUGUAGACUGAAAAGGUCUAUCCAGCAAUGAUUUUGUCUGCUAAUUUAUGUAUCUCAUACAGGCAAAAGGUUGAAGUGUGUUUUAGCAUUGCCAUAUUCUUCCCUUUAAAAAUAUUAGUGCUGUAAAUACAUCUGUUUUGUUUCCCACAACACGUUAGAUUUAUGUGUUAAACAUUUUGUGUUAUAAUUUAAAUUUGACUCAAUCAUAAUAAAAAAUGAGAAAAACUUUCAAA